UUUUGUUUGCACGGUAUCUAUGCAGCAAUGGGCGAGAAAUCGUUUCGCCAAUCGCCACUGAAUGAAGCCAUAGAGCGUAUACUGCAACAACGCUCUUUCUCAUCGAUUGCUGUUCCAUCGAACUCGAUCAACGAUCUGACAAUGAAACAAGAAGACAGGAUGUCGACCAGACCAGGGUCUGCACCAUCGACACCGCGUGCUGGCUCGCAAGCACCAUCACUACUGGAUUCUCGAGGAAGCAAGCGAUCUACGCCAAUUCGACAAAUUCGCAUUAAUGCAGCUCUCAGGCAGGCAUUAAAACGUCCAUCAGGAAGCAGUUCCAGUACUGUACGUCGAAGAAACUCGGCUCACUCACGUCUUGACAUGUGGAGUUCAAGACCAGGAACUUCUUCGAGCAGCAAAGGAUCAACAAAAGCACAACAGUCUGGUCCACUGAAUGUGACCGUGUCUAUGCCUGGCUACGUAUUGUCUCGUAGUCCUAGUAGAGUCUCUAUGAAAAUAGAUCCAGACAAGUUUUUCGGAACUUCUCCACAUCCUGAACAUACAGCUCCUGCCAGAACAAAAUCCCAGGUGUCAGCAGUGACUGAAGUAAUUGCUCUUCAAAAGGCAUUGAAUGAAGCUCACGAGGAGAGCAUGCGUAUUCAAAUUCAGUUGCAAGAAGAGUUAGCUGAUCAGACUUACACAAUGGAAAAGGAACGAGAAAAGCAUGCUGAGGAAUUUCAAAAGCAAAAAGACGAUUUUGAGCUAGAACGACGUGAUGCAAAGAAUAAGAAGUCUGAGGAAAUGAGAACAUUGCAAGAAGAACAUCAAGGAGAAGUGGAAGCCUUGAAAAUGCAACACAAACAAGAGAUAGCAGAACAGAAUGCAGCUGCGGCAAGAGCCCAUGCCGAAUUGAACGGACAACUGCAGUUCCUUCAGGAAACAUUUGAUUCAUACAAAAGCUCUAUAGAAGCAGACUUGAAGGAGAAAUGGGAAAGGCAAAAGUCGGACAUCAAUGAACAGCACAUAGAAGAAAUGGAACGGCAUGCAGAGCAAGCAGAACAGCGGUUAGAAGCAGCAAAGACUGCUCUCAGGAUUGCUAAAGACAAGGAGCAUAAAGCCACAGUAGAGAAACUGCAAGAUGAACAUGACAUGCACAUCAAGAGACUAGAGGAGACUUGUGAACAAGCAGCAGAGAGUUUGCGUGAGCUGGACAGAGUGACUGCUGAAGUUCAGAAUUUAAAAUUGCAGAAUGAGUCAAUGGAAGUAACAAUUGAACAGAACAGGAAGACUAUACGAAAUCUGCAAGGGGAGCUGGGAGAAACAAAACGCAAGCUAUCAGACUAUGAGAAUCACUUUACGCAGAAGGUGGCAGAAGUGGAAGAUAAAUACCGAGGCCAAAUUCAUGGUCUUAUGACUGAGAAUACUCAAUUGAGACGUCGUUAUAUGAAGAAAUGUGAUGACUACUACCAUCUACAAGCUGAGAAAGACACAAUCCAACGUCGGCAAGUCAGGCUGUUAGAGCAAAAGAUGCAGGUUCUCACUGAAGUUCAGAUGGAAUCUCAAUCUCAGGUCAGUCUUGCCACUCAGGAUGGCUCACUAACCUCAUCAGGAUGCUCACUUGUGCAAAAGAAAGAGGCACGGCCUACAACUGCACCCCCUGAAUCCCCUUCUACUGCAUGUAAAGACAGUAAUAUGGGUUGCAUUCAGAAGCUUCGAAAUCGACCAAAAACAUGCAGCACUCCUGUUCGUACUAGAAAGCCUGAGACAUUUAGGUAA